UGUCAUUUCGUACAGUUUAGUAUUGAUAUUAAAUGUUAUGCGUUUUAUACGAAAUGUUUUCUUAAUUUUUAAGUAUAUUUGAUAAUUAUUGUUAAAAUGGCUGCAGCUACACCCCCUGAAUGUGGGGUUAGUGAUGUCAGUGAUGAUUUUUGUGAACGGCAUGCCCGGGCGGCGGCCCAACAUUUUGCUAGAGCUUGUGUACAUUACAUGUCUGUGGGUUUAUCAGAAACAACACGAUCCAGUGUUUCGCAUAAGGAUUUUUUAAAGAAAUUUAUAAACUGUUUCUCAGAUCAUUUUGAGAAAGAAUUUUGUCGGCGUCGUUUGCAAGGAGCAAAAGUUGCAAAUGGUCACGAUGAAUUAAGUGAUUAUUCUGAACAAGAAACUGAUUCUCCUUUAGUUAAUCAUAAGCCAUUCUUUCGACGACUCAGUUUUAAAGGUUUACGUAAAGGUAAAGGAUUCUUUCAUAAGCAAAAUUCCGAUGAAGUGGAAUUAUCCAGUAAUUCUGGUCGAUUGGCUAAAACAAAGUUAGCUAAAAUUGUUGUGGAAUGUCGUAAAGAGGGUUUAGUGAAUUAUUUAACACCGGAGAGCUUAGAUCAACCUGGAGGUGCACAGAAAUGGGAACGAUGUCGAUUAGCUUUAGUGAAAACUGUUGGUGGUUAUAUGUUAGAGUUUUAUUCACCACCAAAAGCUACUAAGCCUAGAAGUGGAGUAUUUUGUUUUUUGGUUAGUGAAGCUCGUGAAACGACUGCUUUAGAGAUGCCGGAUCACGAAAAUACAUUUGUUUUAAAGGCUGAUAAUAAUAUGGAGUAUGUAAUUGAAGCUCAUGACACGGACGAUAUGCGAUCUUGGCUUGCAACUAUUAGAUAUUGUAUGCGAGCAACGCAUAGUAGUCAGGGCACUCAGGCCGGUACAAUUACAGAAGGUGGUGCACCUGAAUUACCGCCACGAUUACAAGGUGGUACUGGACGACAAGGUGAACGAUUAUCGAGUAGUAGCAAUUUUGAAUUACGUUCAUCGCAUCCUGAACUUGAACAAAUCUUAGAUGUUGAAACAGAUCUUUCAACAACGCUGAGAGAACAUCCUUGGUUUCAUGGUACAUUAGCUAGAUCUGAUGCAGCUCAAUUAGUCUUGCAUGAAGGAUCAUCUGGUCAUGGAACUUUCCUAGUCCGUCAAUCUGAAACACGUAAAGGAGAAUUUGUGUUAACUUUUAAUUUUCAGGGACGUGCCAAACAUUUACGUAUGAGUCUCAACGAUCAAGCACAAUGUCGUGUGCAACAUUUAUGGUUUCCAACAAUAUUCGAUAUGUUAGAUUAUUUUCGACAGCAUGCCAUCCCAUUAGAAUCUGGUGGUACAUCAGAUGUUACAUUAACUGAAUAUGUAAUACAUUCACCGAAUCAAUCUACGACGGAUGCAAGACAAAUUGUAACGCAUGGUGGAAGUAUUCGUACAAGAACUGCUUCGUUAGAGAAUCUAAAUUCGGGUGAUUCAGUUCGUGCUGUUGAAAAUCAAUAUAGCUUUGUAUAAGGCAAAAUAAAAAUAUUUUUAGAUCAUAUAUUACAAAACAAAGCUUUAACGCUCCUUUCGGGCUAACUUUGUAUAUGAUAAUGGUUAUUAAACAUCCAAGCUUCAUGGCUUUUUUUGAUAGGUGUUUUACUUAUUGUAUUAUCGGGUCUACGUCAAAAU